CCUCAUAAACUCCCUCACCACUUGCAUUAUCGUUUCAAAUUUUCUCUCAAUGUCGAAAAACUGAGUCCUCUAGAAAUUUCCACGACGACUUGAUGAUGACGAGAAAAGCAAUGAUAAACAUUUGUUGCGUCGCGACAACGCCGUCUAAGUAUCCACCACCUCCUCCUCUUACGUUAACGCCUCGCCAGAGUUUGGAAUCCGCGGCCAUCUAUGGAGUCAUUGAAUCCGCGGCGGAUAUAAUCGAGAGAUGGAACACUGAGACCAACACUUUCGCAAAAGUUACUUCUAUGUUCUACGAGAACAAACAAGAAGCCAUGGUGUUCAUCGAACGAGUGAAGGAUCUUCAGAAGACUAUGGACGUACUGGUGAGUGAGGAUCCAAACUCGGAGAGGCUCUUGAGAGCUCAUAGACUUAUGCAGAUCGCUAUGAAGAGGUUACAAAAGGAGUUUUACCAGAUUCUUUCGAUGAAUCGUGCUUAUCUUGAUCCAGAAUCAGUCUCUACUCGUUCUUCACUUACUUCAGCAAGAUCUAGCUACUCCGAUUUCCCCGAAGAUAUUGAAGAUCUAGAUACAAUCAUCGAACUAGAGGAGGUUUCUAGCAACGUCAUGACGGAUUUGAGAUCCAUCGCUGAGUGCAUGAUUGGUUCUGGUUACGCGAAAGAGUGUUUAAGCAUAUAUAAAAGCAUUAGAAAGUCGAUAAUCGACGAAGGGAUUUAUCGUUUGGAAGUCGAGAAGACGAGUACGGGGAAGGUGAAGAAAAUGUCAUGGGAAGUUAUGGAGUUGAAGAUCAGAAGCUGGUUAAAAGCAGUCAAAGUUUCCAUGGAGACUCUUUUCAAAGGUGAGAAGAUUUUGUGUGACCAUGUCUUCGAAUCCUCUGAUGCAAUUAGAGAGUCUUGCUUUAGUGAUAUCUCUCGAGAUGGUGCGCUUCUUCUCUUUGGAUUCCCGGAGAUCAUUGCUACCAAAACUAGCAAGAAACACUCGCCGGAGAAAGUUUUCCGGCUGCUUGACAUGUACACUGCCAUCGCCGGAAAUUGGCAAGCGAUUGAAUCUAUCUUCUCGUUUGAUUCGAUCUCCGUCGUCAGAUCUCUAGCUCUUAAAUCUCUAAUAUCUCUCAGUGAAUCGAUUCGAUCAUUACUGGUGGAAUUCGAAUCCGGAAUUCAGAAAGAUUCGUCGAAGGUGGUGGUUCCCGGCGGAGGAGUACAUCCACUGACGAUCUCCGUCAUGGAUCAUCUCUCUCUCCUCGCUGACUACAGCAACGUACUAGUCGACAUCCUCGCCGGAUCUCCACCACCGGACAGAUCGCUGCUACCGGAGUCUUACUUCAACGUCUCCGAAUCCGACGACUCUCCUUCGUCGGAGCUGACGAUCAGAUUCGCUUGGCUCAUCCUCGUCCUCCUUUGUAAAAUCGAUCGUAAAUCAAUUCACUACAAAGAUUUCUCCGUACAGUAUCUCUUCCUCACCAACAACCUCCAGCACGUGGUCUCACGUGCUCGUUCCUCAAACCUGAAGAACCUUCUCGGCGAGGAUUGGAUCACGAGACAUUUCGCUAAGAUGAGACAAUUCGCCGGUAGCUAUAAGCGACUGGCUUGGGGACCAGUGGUUUCUUCUUUACCUGAAAAUCGUACGGUGGAGAUGACGCCGGAAGAAGUCAAGGAGCGGUUUGAAAAAUUCAGCGAGAGCUUCGAAAACGCGUACGCUAAACACAGUGUCUGCGUCGUAGCUGAUCCAAAUCUACGAGACGAGAUAAAAGUAUCGAUAGCGAGAAAGCUGGUACCGAUUUAUCGCGAGUUUUACAACACGAGAGGUUCUGUUAUCUUGGCGGGAGCCGGUGGCGCGAGAAACUUGAGCUCAGUUGUCCGAUUUACCCCUGAGGAUAUUGAAAACUAUUUGUCUGAUUUGUUCACAGAGAAGGGUAGUUCGGGGAAUUCAUCUGCAUCUUCUCCUUCCUCUUGUCGGUCAGGGCAAUCCAUGUCCUAAAGUAAAGGAGAGUCAAUAAUCGUCUUAAAUGUAA